CAUGGAAGAUCAGCAAUCACAGGAUCAGUCCACAGCAUUCGAGACCAGAGAAGACGACAACAUAUUCACCGAGGCGGAGCACGAAAAGCAAGAUGCAGCAAUCGCAGCGUACAUCAAGUCCAAGUCCUUGCCACAUCCCAAGGAGGACAAAGAGUUCAGAGACAUAAUGCUAGCGGUGGUCUUAACGGGCCACGAGAAACUCGAAUGGAACGAUAUUCGAGCACAUAAAUUGAUGCAAGAAGUUCCCAACUUGCAUGAUCUUAUUUCUGAAGCAUACAUGACCGGAAAGUAUCGGAAAGUUCGCAAUUUGGGUCAGCUUCGCCAAUCGGUGUUGUCUGAUAAUGAGGCAAGUGGCGAUGGCAAAGAACGCGGUUCGCCCACUCGCAUAGGUUCGACCGGAUAUCAAAUUGCUCAGGUUCUAUCUGCUGCCUUUAUGGAGGAUUAUCAAGGGUCCGCGGUUGUGGACUUUAUUGAGAUGUUCAGGGAGCUCGAAUCCAGUUACGACAAACGCAAACAUUAUGGCCGUGUCGUUGCAAUACUUCAGUCAAGCGGGACAGGCAAGUCUAGACUUGUCAAGGAACUCGGUCUUCAGUAUACGGUGUUCAGCAUUUGCUUUAGGAAAAGUUCUAUGAUGAAUUCCGGAUGGCCUCCGGGAGAUAUCCCUGCGUCCAGGUUCUUCAACAACGACGACGACCUUGAUGUUAGGGGUGAGGAGAUGGCCGCAGCCUUCCUCGGGGCCUUAUUCGCGAAAAUGGCAUCCUCUACAACAACAACCUCUAGCUUUCUUGACCUGAAAUACGGCAUCCCUGAAAGCCCCGAGGCUCUACAACGGCAAGCCUUUUUCGACAACGUUGCGUCAAGAGCGAAGGAAUUGCUCCAGAAUGAGCACCAGUUUUUGAAUAAAGAACGAGAAUGGGUUUUUGCGGACCCGUCCCAGAGCAUGUCUGCCAAAGAUCGCAGGGCCCUUUUAGAGACCCGCGCUCCUGAUUGGCACACAAUUUUGUUCAAUCAUUUUUGCCAGGCCUCUCUCCAGGAUCUUCGCAAUAAGCUUGCGGCAACUGGUCGUCAUCGAUUGUUCAUCGCGCUCGAUGAAUGCACAACAUUAGGACCUGCCCACAAGAAUGAGAAAGGGCCUCAGAAGGAAAUGUCACUGAUCGCUAUGCAGCGCAUCCUGAAGGCUGCGGACAUACAUGACUUCAUUUGGUUUCUUCUCCUUGAUACAAACUCCUCGGUGAUCAUGUUGCCGCCGUCUGGCCCCGAUGCUCCCUCCUUCCGCCUCCAUGAGGACUUCCGUCCUCUGAGUCCAUUCCUCUACCUUGGUUUCAAUCAAAUGAAGGAUAAAAUGCUUCGGGCGUACCCUUCUGAUGCUUUGUCUCUCAAGAACCUGAAGCACCUAGGACGACCGUACUGGUAUGCACUUAGUGGAGGAGAGGUUCUUCCCAGUGCAAGACACAAGCUGUUUGGUCCUGCAAGUGAUCACGAGUCCAAUUUCAAGCCACGCAUCCUAAAACAUGUUUUAUCAGCAUUUGCUGCUCGAAUUCCAUUUGACCUUGCUCAGGAUACCGCAGGGCGUCAUCUUGCUGCUGAUUCUGUUAGCCAUGGCAUGCGGAUGCUGACUGGUGUAGUGGAUGGAAUCCUCAUCACGGACACGCCCUCGGAACCUAUCCUUGCCAUUGCUGCUGCCGACUCGCUGACCAAGGAUCGUACAACUUAUGCUUCAGCCCUUAAGAUGCUGAUCAGAGAGCUUGUUCUCAAAGGAACUAUUCUUGAUAAAGGUGGUCUGGGGGAGCUCUUUAGCCGACUGCUGCUUUUACUCGCACGUGAUGAGGCAACCAUUACAAUCCAUUCAUCCUUUGUAACACCAACCUUUCCACCUACCAUUCAUGCUAUUGAACUCGACAAAUUCCUCUCUACUCUCCUUGGUGCCCCAGAGGUGCCCCAUUUUGCGGAAUUGCUCAAGUCAUGCAGAGGCAAGUGGGUGAAUUUCACCCAUUUUGUUACCUACAAUCGACACAUCAAUGAACUCACUCUGGAAGAGCUUACACAUGCCUGGUUCUCUGGCUAUGCCAUUCAAUGCUGCCACACACAGCCUGUAUUUGAUGGCCUUGUUGUUGUGUAUGAUGGCUCUUUGGAUGAUCCAUACGAUCCACUGAAACUCACCUACUUUGUAUGGCAAACAAAGGCAAAAUCUGCUGGUGUAACCACAAGGGUCGGAGAAGGUCUCACAGGACCUCCUAUCAUCCAUACUAAAAACUCCGAUGGCAAAAGGCGUUUCAAACCCCAAACCUUUGUCUUCCUCAUGGAUCUGCUGCAUCAGGCAGAGUUCAAUGCCACCAAGUCCUCUAUCCAGCUUACGUUUCGACAAGCCGCACCAUUAACAAAGUGGAAGGGAUAUGCAGACCUGGCUUUGAAGGAGGAAGAGCCAAUGAACUACUGCAUCACGGCUCGUGGGACAUCAUACCCCGUACUAUCGUGUUAUGGUGUGGCAGAUGAAUUGACAAAAACAUUCACUGGCCCAAUCCAGAGAAGCCAGGUGUUUUCUGUUCAGCAAUUGGAGAUCAAGAUGUUGGAUAGUAUGUACCCUUUUAACGCAAGUGCCGUGAAGGAGCAUCCUUAUGGCAUUGCACAGAACAUAUG